AUGACUUCUACGACCAAUGACACCCACGCCUUUCAGUAUCAACUUAUUGAGGAAGUGGAAAUGAUAGAGAGAUGUGCUGAAGAGCCGGUACCGAUUCACAAACUGGGCCAUGGGCCCUUUUCUACAAUUUGGCUGUCACGAGACGAGCAAAAGGCAGCCUACGUGGCGGUCAAAGUAAGCACUGGAGAUUCCUCCGCUCAUGAAGCAAAGAUAUUGCGUAUGCUCAUGAACCGCUGGCCGGCACAUACAAACGAGCGUCCCUUGAUUCCCGUCAUCCUGGACGAGUUCGAAAUUGAGGGCCCGAAUAGGCAUCAUCAAUGCAUUGUCACAGCACCCGCUCAGAGCAGUGUAUGUGGGGCAUCAUUCUGUUGCUACUUUCAAAUAGAAACGGCUCGUGUUUUAGCUGCCGAACUUGCUCUUGCUGUUGCAUUUGUUCAUGCUCAAGACUAUGUUUAUGGAGAUAUUCAUCCUGGAAACAUCCUGAUACACCUACCUACUAGCCUUGACAAGCUCUCAGUCCAGGAAUUCUAUGAGCGGUUCGGUGAGCCAUAUUCGGAACCAGUUGUGCGACUGGACGGACAGCCUCUCCCUCCUGGCGAAAACGAGCCAUUCGAAAUUCCGCCGGAUGAGGCCCAGCUCCUUCUUAGUGACUUUGGCGAGAGCUUCUCCCCUUCCGACCCAGAGCAGCGGCGACGUGGGCAGGACUGUCCCUCGCCGCUUCCAGUCAUACCGCCUGAAGCCUACUUUGAACCGGACAAGCCUCUUUCAUUUCCCUCGGAUAUCUGGAGUCUUGCAUGUGCUAUGUAUUCCAUAUUUGGCCUGCGGUGGCUGCUUGAUGCAACACUCGCCACUCGACAUAACAUAGCCUCUCAACAAGUAGAUAUCAUUGGAGAUAUUCCGCUUGAAUGGUGGAAUACAUGGGGGAAGCGUCAUGAGUAUUUUGAAGAGAUCGGAAGGCCUAAGAAAGAUCGGUUUGUCUACCCAUCUCUUGAGCAAAAUUUCGAGAAGUACAUACAGGCCGCACGACAGAGGGACAAUAUGUCUUCUUUCAAUAAAGAGGAGCAGGUGGCCAUUCUAAGCAUGCUUCGCUCAAUGCUGGCAAUGAAACCUGAGAAGCGAGCAACAGCAACGGAUGUACUGAGCUCAGACUAGAUGCUGAACUGGGGUUUGCCAGCUGUGAUGAGGGCCCGUGAUAAACAGCAAACAGGAGGUGUAUCGCAUUGCAAAAAGGCUGAUGCAAAGUCCUCUCAAAUUGAACUGGCUAGCUCGGUAGCUCUUGAGCGCACCUCUUUCUAACCUUGAACAACCAGAAGGAAUGGUGUAACACUCCACGCAAGAG